UCGCGCUCUGACUCGCAGCCGUUGCCUAGGAGCGCCGGAGAGCGCAGUCAUGUUCCCCAAAGGGAAAAGCGCGGCGGUGCCGUCGGACGGUCAAGCUCGGGAAAAGUUGGCGUUAUAUGUCUACGAGUACCUGUUACACGUCGGAGCUCAGAAAUCAGCACAGACCUUCUUAUCAGAGAUCAGAUGGGAAAAGAACAUAACGCUGGGAGAACCUCCAGGCUUUCUGCACUCGUGGUGGUGUGUGUUCUGGGACCUCUAUUGUGCCGCGCCAGAAAGAAGGGACAACUGCGAACACUCCAGUGAAGCCAAGGCUUUCCACGACUACAGUGCAGCGGCAGCUCCGAGCCCUGUUCUGGGCAACCUGCCACCCGGAGAUGGCAUGCCAGGUGGACCAAUGCCCCCCGGAUUCUUCCAGGGUCCGGCAGGCUCACAGGCUUCUCCUCACUCACAGCCUCCUCCUAACGCUAACAUAAUGGGAGCUCACGGACAGCCGUUUAUGUCCCCGCGUUACACAGGAGGACCUCGGCCCCCCAUCAGGAUGAGUAACCAGCCUCAGGGAGGACAGCCUUUACCUCCGAACGUAAUAGACCCCACACGGCCUCCAGGCCAUCCGAAUCUGGGACCCAUGCAGAGGAUGAGCAUGCCCCGAGGGAUGGCACCGAUGGGACCCGGACCACAGUCUGAUCCAUGGUUAUCACUGCAGAACUACGGGAGUGGGAUGAGACCUCCGAACUCCAUGGGCCCCAACAUGCCAGGAGUUAACAUGGGUCCAGGAACCGGUAGGCCGUGGCCUAAUCCUAAUAACACCAACACGAUCCCGUAUUCUUCUUCAUCUCCGGGCACAUACGUGGGACCACCGGGAGGCGCAGGAGGAGGCUGUCCUCCAGGAACUCCCAUCAUGCCAAGUCCAGCAGAUUCGACUAAUUCUGGUGAGAAUCUGUACACAAUGAUAAACUCGGUGCCACCAGGAGGGAACAGGUCCAGCUUCCCGUUAGGUCCAGACGGCCCCAUGGGAGGGAUGGAGCCUCACCACAUGAACGGCUCGUUAGGCUCGGGGGACAUAGACGGGCUUCCUAAGAAUUCCCCGAAUAACCUGAGCAGUCUGAGUAACCCGCCCGGCACGCCGAGGGACGACGGCGAUUUAGGAGGGAACUUCCUGCACACUUUCCAAAACGAGAACUAUUCCCCGACCAUGACCAUGAGCGUCUGAUCUGCGUCCGCGUGUCCGAUCUUCAGCGUGUCCGAGCGCCCGCGGCGCCUCGGCGACACACCGAGAAAAUCUGCACACAACCAGAGAGUGACUUCAGUCUCCCAGCGGCGAGACGUCCAUCAGAAACACAGUCCCGGAUGUCCAGCGUGACGCGUCCCAACACCGUCUCCACCACUCCUCCACCCGCUCCUCUCAGCUCAGCGCUCCUCUCCUCCACACUCGUCUUUUCAUUUUAUCAAACUAUUAUUUAUCGUCCUUUAUCGGGAAAUCCGUCACCGUGCUGGAUCUCUCUGGACGCCAUUUUAGGACAGUGGACCAAAACAACGACAACGAAAAGAAAAAAAAAACCUCCCGAGAAACUGAAACGAAAGAAACCGACGCGUAACGUUCCCGCAGGGCGGUUUCAGCACGCCGCACAGACGUCCAAAUAACCCGGAUCAUUCCCACACGGGACGCUCGGAGAACUUUCUGUAAACACGCUCCCUGUAAUCCUUCUUCAAACUUUACGUCUUUCUGCGUUUUCGAUUUUUAUAGUAAUUAUUCUCGACUUUUAUAGACCUUUCCUAUUCGGCACGCGACCGGCUCGGCUCGGAUAUUUACUUCGCAGACGCCGUCUCGGCGCGUCUCGACACGAAGGUUAGGCAUCGACGUUUUUACGAUUUUGACGCCCCCCCCCCCCCCCUAUAUUAUAGAAAAGGGAACAUUUCUAUAAUAUACUUUAAUUUAUCUAUGGUUUCCUCUCGUAAGGAAUUAUUAUUAUUAUUAUUAUUAUUAUUAUUAUUAUUAAACCCAUUUCUAGACAUUUUUACUCAUUUCAAGUUGGUCUUGUUCUACUGCAGAACCGAUCGUUUUUCUAAUUCCGAGCAUGAAGUAUUUUCUUUUUAAACAGGUGGAUAUAUUAUUAUAUCUCAUUUAUAAUAAUCUCCUAGUAAGGAAUAUUCGAGAAGUCGGCGCGUAUUCGAAACGUUUCCCCUGAAGACGUCGUCGUCGUCUUGUUUGUUUUUUUACAUUUUUUGCACCAUCGGUCGUGAAAAGUUUUCAACCCAGUUUUCUAAAUCUGUAAGUAUAUACACCUUUAAAAGGAAUUCCUAAAACAGAAGAACGUUUAAAAAUCGUACGGAUCCUCCGUUCACGUCCGGACGACACGUACACGCGACGAGCGUCGUCCGAUACCGUUUAAUAUCCGUGACGGGAAGCUCACUAGCGUGACGGUAUUCACACAAAUAAUAACAACGCGGACGUCUUUUUUUUUUUUUUUUACGUAAGGAAUAAAACACUCCGGUCGUGCUGUUCGAGGAGAACAAUCGACGAUUCGGAGUCACGAGCCGACACGGAGCGUUUUAUUCCUCGUACACCACGGCGAUCGCGAUUAUUUAUUCGUUAAAGCGCGACACGAUGGUUUUUAUCCAUCUCUAGACGUAUUUAAUGAUGCGGGACAAGUUCUGAGUCGCGUCGUAUCUCAGGCUCCUCACCAGCCUGUGUUUUUAAAAAAAUAAAUGAAAAUACGCAGAGAAACCGUAAAAAAAAAAAGAAAAAAAAAAGCGUGAACUCCACUGACCGGAAAACAUUACAGCUUUACCGCCGACACUGGAGACUCCUUCCGAAAAUCGUUCGAUAAACCCUUACUCCUUACAGAAACCGUCACGAAUGCCCUCAAUGAUCAUCACACGUUUAUUCUUAAAGUUGUCGCUAUAGAAACGGUAACGUUUUCGAGCGAGCGCAUUAACAUAAACCUGCGUUACUGUCAGAGCUGGGGGUUUAAAGUUAAGUUUUUUUCUCAUCAUUCUCUUCUCAGGAGACUAAACGUCUGUUCACGCCCCCGCCCGCCCCGCCCCCUACUGCCCCGCCCCCUACUGCCGAACUGAACUCACCGCUUUUUCCUGCUCACGUUGUUUAAAUCAGAGCUAUUUUGAUAACUUUGUUAAAAAGUCUUUUCUGAAACCCUUCAGUUUUACUGCGGAACGUCUCGGAUAUCCACUCUGGACACACGCUCUCUCACACACACACACUCUCUCUCACACACACACACGCACGCGCGCGCGCGUGUACGUUUUGCUGUAUAAUAUUUUUCUGCUCUAAUGUAUAUUGUUUACAUUGUUCCUCAGAAAGCAAAGCUCUGCAGAAAUGACUGAUUAAAUUAUUUUACUGUCCAUGAAACUGAUAACGAAUGCAAAACUCCUCCCUGCCUCUUCUCAAAAUAAAGGUGUAUAAACAGA